AUUCGAGGAUAUAUAUGUGUGUGUGCGUGUGGCGAGAGCGCGAACGCAAGCGCGCGCGCAACGACAUAUAAUAACUAAACGUCAGAGAUUUAUUGUAACAUUACUGUGAUCGCUGAAACACUUGGUAGUAAAUGUAGUUUCUACCCGGAAAGGAGUAACAGAGGUCACAACGACACGGUAUUUCUGAACAAACCCAAAGGCGUGAGGGUGAGCAGAGCAGCAUGUUCUCUUUCCUGGGUUUACGUAAAGAUCCAAAGAAGUCGACGUCAGAGAGGGAUGCUGAUGGAGGCUUUGUGAUCAUUGCUUGUUCCUUUGCAGGAGAAACAGUUGAAGAGCAAAGGCGGAAGGUGCAGUCGAUGAACAUUGCACAACCUUCAACAAAUGUUAUUGUCUUGCCAUCUAAGCCAUCAUGUCCAGCUCCAGCUCGCCCAGUGGAAACAAUCACAACUCCACCUCCAACGAACGUGGAAGAUGGGUCCUCCUCAGUCACAGAGGCUUCUUCAAUGGCCCCUGAUCUCCUUGGUGACAUCCCCUUCGCUUUGGCACCUCAUGUUCAGGCAGUGCAGAGAGGUUUCCCUUAUAUUCCCGAUGUACUGCUGUCCAAGGACAUGAACUCUAGCCUAACGUAUUUUCAUUAUGACUUCACUUUGGAAAAAUCCAUUCUACAAAUGUGAUCGUUUUCACCAAACCCAAAUCAUGUUUUUGUCUGUAUUGCAUUUGUUUGCUACUGUACAUCCUGUUCAGAGUCAUGAAUGGGCUUUAGUUGAUCUCAGAAUUGGACAAGUGUUGUACAUCCUAUUUGUCAAUCAGACAUCAAGACAAUCACACUAACUGCAGUGGUUACCCAUUAAGAUACAGUGAGUGGUUCAGCACUUGUUCUCCCCCAAAUUCAUCCUUAUAACAACUUUUCACCAAAUCAAAUGAA